GGUAUACUUAUAUUCCUACAUCCAUGUGUUGAGCAUAUUGUCGACACAUGUCGAGUGAGUGACGCAAUUAUUAUUUUGUGUGACAAUUAGUUGUUAAGUGUCAAGUAUAUACAAAAUUAUCGAGAAAGAACCUACUACUGUACUUUAAACUAAUGGAAAUGUGCGCGCAAUCAGUGUAAUCCGAAAUGCGUGUUUGCUUAUAACCUGUUCGUGUUGCGUUUAUAACCUGUAGAGUCACGUAAAAUUGCGCGUCUCUCGACACAAUGGUCAGAUGUACGUAUUUGUUGUCUCAUAAAGCUUCGUUAAAGCUUCGUCAAGCGAGAUGUCUGGAUUUUCUACGCGCACGUAGCCAAAUAGUAAAUACGUUGCGAAGAUACACGGACGACAGGCCGGCUAUUAUUUUGGGGAUCGAGACGAGCUGCGACGAUACAGGAUGCGGAAUUGUAGACACCACGGGAAAAGUAUUGGGCGAGGCGAUAAACUCGCAGAAUUCCAUUCACCUAAAAUGCGGCGGUAUAAUACCUACAAUAGCCAAUGAAAUUCACAGACAGAAUAUUACCACAGUCUGUGAGAAUGCAUUGAGAGCAGCUGGCCUAAGAUUAAGGGAUAUAGAUGCUAUCGCAACCACGACCAAGCCAGGCCUUCUCAAUUCGCUUCACGUCGGAAAUACCUUUGGCAAAUAUCUCUCUAGGGUGGGUAACAAACCAUACAUACCGAUACAUCACAUGGAAGCUCACGCAUUAACUGUAAGGAUGGUGCAGAAGGUAGACUUUCCCUUUCUUGUUUUAUUAAUAUCAGGUGGUCACAGUUUACUGGCAAUCGCUGACAGUGUUGAUAAGUUUUAUCUGCUGGGUACUACAACGGACAAUGCACCUGGUGAAGUUCUCGAUAAGAUUGCACGGAGACUUAAGCUCGUUAAUAUACCAGAGUUCUCGCAUAUGUGUGGCGGCCAAGCGAUAGAGAGUGCAGCGAGCAAAGCAACGGAUCCGAAGAAAUUUGAGCUCCCAUCUUUCAUGGCGCGAAGGAGAAAUUGUCAGUUCAGUUUUGCGGGUAUGUGGAGUACUGUUAAUCAAUACAUCGCCAACCAAGAGAAGGAGCUGCAGAUUGACGCAAAUAAGGUGAUCCCUGAUGCGUACAAUCUCUGCGCUUCGCUACAGUGGUCUAUGGCGAAGCAAAUAUGCUCCAGGACGCAAAGGGCGAUGGCGUUCAUCGAUAAGAAGAAUCUGAUACCACAGGAGAAGCGAACUUUGGUGAUAUCCGGCGGAGUGGCGUGUAACGAUUUCUUUGCGAAAGCCCUGGAAAUUGUCUGCUCGGAAAUGGACUUCCGAUUCGUGCGAACGCCACGCCGGUUGUGCAACGAUAACGGCGUGAUGAUAGCGUGGAACGGCGCGGAGCGGUGGAGAACGAAUGCGGGUGUCAUUCGAGACAGGAGUGAAAUUGAGGCGGUAACUAUCGAGAAGAAAGUACCGCUCGGAGAAAAUUGGACAGAAAAAGUAGAAUUCGCGAACGUAAAAUGUACGAUGGUAAAAUUAAACGCUCUGAUGACACAUUAAUUUCUCCUCGAUUUUAAUUGUUCACUCACGAACCCGCGCGCACUUUUCCGCAAAAUUGCUCAUUAUUAAGCAGACUCAUCAGGGAGAUGGGGAUAAGCGAUACAACGAAUUU